AGAUGAGAUGCCAAGAGUUUGUCAAAUGACUAAACGACAACUAAUAAUAAACAAGCUUCACCAACGCCAUCGUUGUUGGAUCAAUCGACAUCAGUAAAGGACGACAUCAAACUCAAAAUCAGCGACUUUAUUUCUUGAAAUGACUCCUUGAAUUACAUGCUAGCUAGUUGUAUUUAAUAACAGUAUGAUAGCGCAAAAGAUGCGUGGGUUCUUAAAUGCCAGUAUCCAUCACAACAGACGCGUAUGAGCUGUUUGCCUAAAAUAAGCUUUGUGUCUGACAGUAAAGGACACCCGGAACGUCGGCCCGAUGUUCCGAUGACAGUCACUCGAGCGAACCGAACACCAUUUUUUUUUAUUUCCAGUUUACACACACACACACUCAUAAAAAUUAACAAUCUACAAAAUGUCAAUACGACAGUGUUGUUGCUCGGCAUGGCGUGCGACAGCUGGCAAUACUCGAUUCAAUCGACUGCAUUUACGCCGAGAAUUUACCAGAACCACCACCACCACUACCACCAACAAUACCGCCGCUCAUCAACAACAGCAGCAGCAGCUUGUCAAGUCGGCACAACACCCACGACGGUUACAUAGCACAGUAGCAGCGGCAAAAAGUACAACAAAAACCGAAGAACAACAAGAACAACAAGAAGGCCAUAACCAUGCCGGACAACCGGCUCAGCAGCAGCAACAACAACUACAAGGUAAUAACCAUGUACGACAACUGUCUCAGCAAAAAGAACACCAACAAGAACAAAAGCACCAUACCAUAAUGAACUUUACACAAAACUUGAACGCUAUAUGGGCCGAAUUUACCGAUCGCGUCGAAAAGCAACUCCCCCUGAACGACAGUGACUUUAUCAUGUUAUGCAGCCGUAUAAAAAAGGAAGGGUUUGGCGGUGCGCAAGAAUCCAUCCGUCGAAUGCAAACCGUCCUGAGAGAAAUCCAUCGACGACAACUCGCCAGUGACACGUUUGUACGUGGCUGCAAUAUGUUGAUCCAUAUGUUCAUCACACACGGCGACCUGAAAUCGGCCAGACUCGUCAUCGACGGCAUGAUGCGAUCACACUAUCCACCCGAUCCAGUCACGGUCAGCACUGUCAUUAACGGCAUCACACGAUUGGGAUCUUUGGGCGACAUCCACGAGUUUUACCAGUCGCUUCAAGAACGUGAAAUGUGGCCCGAGACGACUGGAUUGUACCGCGCAUUAAUCUGGAUUUUUGCGAAUCGGGAUGAUCUCGAAGGUGCUCGCGUCUUUUAUGCUGCCUAUUUGAAAAAGCGGCAUCUGAUUACCACUACCACCACCACCACUACCGCCGAAGAAGGAGGACAAGGAGUAACCGCAGACAGCAAUCAAGAAGGGGAUGAGGUGUACAAUGCCAUGAUCCAAGUCUAUGGUGCUGUCAAUCAGCCAGAGGGUGCACUCGCCGUAUACCGUACGAUGCUCAAACGUGGCCACCCACCGCCUACGCCGGGUACUUACCACGUCAUGCUCAGCAUGUUGCACAAAUAUGGCAUGAAGGAACAAAUGGAAAAGGUGUAUGCCGACUUGAAAGCUGCGAAAGACGUGGAGAUCAAUGGGAGUCACUUGACGGCCAUGGGACGGAGCCCAGAAGAAACGCUGGACGAAAUGCAUGCCUUGGGAAUGCAGUGCAACGCACGCGACUAUAACACGUUCAUUGCCUCUUAUGUCAAGGAAAACAGAUUUAAAGAAGCCCUGGAUAUCUUCCACAGAAUGAUUCAAGCCGGCGUCGAACCCGAUGUGUACAGCUACGGUAUCAUCUUGGACACGCUUGUCAAAGACCGAACACAACCAGCGGAAGCUGCUUUUGACUUUUAUGAGACGAUCAAGAGUCAAGGUAUUAAACCAGACGUGGUACUUUACACAUCGUUGAUUUCGGCGUGUGCCAAGACCCAGGACAUGGAAAAGGCCAUGUCGUUGUUAAAGGAGAUGGAAUCGUUUGGAGUGCAACCCAAUGUCUAUACAUUCAACUCGAUUCUGGGCUUAUUGUCAAGGAAACAGCAGCUGGCACCGGAAGAUAUGGAACAGGCGGAACACUUGUGGGACAAGAUGACGGAACUCAAGGUCAGGCCGGAUACUCGAAGCUUUAAUGUACAUUUUACUCUGCUGUCGAAACUGGUUCGUCCCGCUGUGGUUCAAGAGGAAGAUGGUGACAAGAUUUUGUGGAAGACCGAUGGCAGAACGGGCGUAGCUACACCACAGCCCGUACAAAAGAUGCUCCAACUCUACCGCUCCAUGCGUCGUAACCACUGUCGUCCGGAUUUUGCUACCCAUACCAUUGUCAUCAACACAUUGGUCUCGUCGGGCCAUUUGCGACAAGCCAUGCAAGUGUACGAUGACUCCAAAACUACGCGGGUAAAGCUGCCGGUUUCGGUGUACAAUGAAAUCAUGAGCGCACUCGACAAGGCUAAGCAGACUUCACAAAUCAUGAAUAUCUGGCACGACAUGAAGACGGCCCAGGUGUUGCCUGAUAAUACCAGUUACACGCUUGCGCUGGAUGCAUGCGAACAGCUUGGUUUGGCCGAGUCGUUUUCGAAAAUCCGUGCACAACGCAAACAGGAUAUUGAAAGAUUAUUAGAGUUGGAUAGAAGGCAGACGGAAAGAAUGGAAUUCUCAUCGUCUGUUAUGAACAAUAAAGAAGAUUCUUAAUAAUAACGU